AUGAAGGCUACCAAGUUCUUUACCUUGGCCAUAAUUUACUUAGCUAGCAUUGUAGUAGCACCCUCACACGCCAGAGCUCCACCACCACAACCCGACUUCUAUGUCGACUCACCCUCACCAUCACAGGGUUCUGUGGCGUCUUUGGAGACUUGUGCAAAGAAGCUAACCGAGAAGUGUGGUGAUGAGAUCUUGUCAGGUGUGUUUCAGGACACAGCAAUCACAAAAGAAUGCUGCAAAGACCUUAAGAAGAUGGGAAAGCUAUGCCAAGAUGAGAUUGUCAAGGCUUUUCUCAGCAUCCCUCUGGUCCAGCCAAGUCGUGCCGAAGAGUCUCAGAUUUUGUCAAAGAGCACACAAAUUUGGAGCCAGUGUGUCUCGCUUGGGCAUGUUGUUGGAGAAGCUGCUGUCUCACCCUCACCAUCUCGAAGCUCUUUCGAAUAA